AAUUUUGAUCAGGUCAUUUUGCCUCAUCCUAUAGGUAGCAGCCCUUAAGGCUGUGCGCCUUGGUCAUCUUACCAGGGCAUUUCACAGGUCAGAUUGCUUAAGUCCAUUUUCCCCUAUUACAGCUCACUCUCACCCCACUACUGGAACAUUACAUCUGAGAGCUUACAUCAAAGCUCUCCAUCUGCAAUUGUGGUUUGGCCAUUAAAUUUGUUUAUGUACCUGCUGUGCAAAACAGAGGCACUUCAGAUAUUUCCUUGCUAAACAAAGGCAGGCAUUUAAAUCGAGCAAUAUGCUUUAUGACUCCAGGCAUAGUUACUCCACAUCCUGAUUGACUCUUUUCUCUGCAGAGAUUAAUGUUGGGAUCUUAAAUAUCACUAAUGCCUUACAGACAAUCCAUUAACAUCAGCGUCUCCUAAUUGGCCAGCCAUACCAUUAUUUAUAAAAUAGGGUGCCCCUCCUAAUAGUACAGCUACCAUUCCCUUGAUUUCAUGAGUGUAUCAUCCUCUAUAUUACCAGCCAUGGAGCAUUUUAUGUUGCAACAUAUAUUUUUACUGUUUAACAAGCUGUGUGUGAGAGCAACGUGCAAAAAAUAGAUGAAAAUUACUAUCACACUUACUGCGAUGUAGGAGCUGAUCUGGUUAGACAUGAAAUGCAGACAGAAAACUACCUCACCUCUCAAGCUAAUUUUAGUCUCUCCCUGCCUUCUCUGUAGCUGCGUGUGUAUAAAAUCACUUGCAGUCUGACAGCGUUCCAGUAACCCACACUAUGCAGGGAGCAGGAUGUACUUACUAACCAGCUGCUUGCAUGGCAUGGGUUAACUGAGCCUGUGGGAUUGUGCUUACCUAAACAAAACCACUGCAGUGAGGGGAAAAAACAAUGAAUGGGUGGAGAUGAUCAGCCCAUGCAUUCAAGCUAGUGCAGUCCAGGCAGCAAUGACAGCCUGAAGGUUGCAGCAGCAUCGGGAUCUGCAUUCCAAGUGCACAGAUCGUACAGUCUGGAGAGAUUUUACGUGGAGCUGCUCUUUAUUUGCUGAGCCAUGGCCAGCAACCAGGCCAGCAUGCAGGAUGAUCAGAGCAGGCACUGCAAGUUCUUAUCCUAUAUGUUCUACCAGGCUGUGAGAGAUCACAAGCCUGUGUGGAUGCUGGAAGACAUGAGAACUAUGGAGUAUUUUUACUGGGAGGAGAAUGCCAGCCUAAGAACAUACUCACCUUCAGAAGCCCUUCUCUACGCAGUGGUGCAUAACCACCUGCCUUAUGCUCAAUAUCUGCUGUCUCAUUUUCCAGAGGAGGCUCUCAAGGUACCCGGAGAACACUUCUGCUAUUGCCCAUCCUCUGCUCCUCACUUGGCCAUGGCGGUCACAUAUGACAGGAGAGAUAUCUUGGGGCUGAUCAUCAAAAUUGCGCACAAGCUCCCCAGCUUGAACUCGUACAUCAACAGGACUGGCUGCUUUCAUCUGGAAGAUGGGAAGACACCCCUGCACCUCGCUUGUGAACUGCUGAGGUCAGAGACAGUCCUCAUCCUCCUCGGCAAUGGAGCUUCUCCCAGGAUAGAGGACAGUAAAGGGCUUACCCCACUGGACGUCAUCCUGGAACAGAUGUGGGACUCCAAAGUCAACAUGGCAACAAAGAAGCUCUGCCUUGACUACCUCUUGCUCUUCAUGCCCAACCCACAAUUUAAGAUGCGGAAAGUUCUACGGGAUCAUCCGGAACACUGGACAGCUUUGCUGGGGGAAGAGAAAUUCAACAGCCUGGUGGGCAACACACCUGCUUCUUUAUAUCUGCAAGCUAUGCAAACUAUUCUCCAGACUCUGCCUCCAUCCCACUUCCCCAAAAGCAUCCAGGAACUACCUAUACCUCAGGCACUAAAGCCCUUACCAUCCUAUGGCAAAAAGCAAUCAACAAAAAAUGUGCACCAUUAGCAGGGAGGACAGGCCAGAAUCUGACCUCAGUUGCAUCUCUUUACACCCGAAGUAACACUUUUUAAGUCAAUUGCACCACUGCUGAUGUUUGCCGGUAUAAAAGAAAACAGAAUCUCUGCACCCAUUCUUCAAGUCUCCAUUAACUCUGACUUCAGCUUACAAAUAAAAGUAAUACUUAAUCCCCAAAAACAUUUUUUACAUUUUUCAUACUUUGAAUGUAUACAGAUAUAGACAUUCUCUAACACUGAUGGGCACUUUCCUAUUCCUUGUUCCCUUGGCUUUUUUUGGCUUUAGCGUGACAGGGACUGAUGCUGUUGUUUACUGAUUACGACUGAAUGUUCCAUGCCCAAGUACAAAUGAAUGUUCAUUAUAUGAUACAACUUUCUUACAAAGCCAUACUUUUGUAAUUUUGGUUUCUCUUUUUUAGGGAAAAAAAUCUUUCGUGUAAUUGUAUAUACAUUACUCACUGCAUGACUAAAGAGAAACAGACUGCAAUGUGUGCUGGGAAUAAUAUAUAUAUAUAUAUAUACAUAUACCCCAAUAUAAUAGCUGUGAAAAUUAUUAAAUUUGAUUGUAUUACUGUAAUAAACUUGCAGUAUAAACUUGAUGUGUCUUUUAUUAGACAGUUGAUCAAAAGUACCAUGAGCUGCUUUUGCUUUGUUUCGUUUUGGUGUUCGAUGACUCCAGUGUGACUGCUGAGCCACAACCUCCAAAAAUGUGAUCAGAAGAACAUAAUAUUUUCCAGGCUUGCAAUAUCUAGCCAUGCUGACAGAGGAUAGCCCAAGUGAUGAAGUGAA